AUGGAGCCUGUCUAUGCCUUCCCUGAGGGUGAAGCCCAGUGCAAAUAUCUCGUCACAAUGAGAUUCUGUUUCUUCCCUCACGAAAUAUGGCACUUAGCUCUCUCCCGGGAUUAUGAAAACUUCCUCGGUCAGAGGUUUGCCACGCCUAACACUACAACAAAGCUACGGACACCUAUAUUGUGUCCUCGAUACCAGGUUGAGUUGGAUUUCUGGGAAGCUCAGAGCCACGCAGUACCCAUUACUGUGAAUCCAGACUGCCGAGAGCUAGAGCUCCGAGUGUCUGGAGCGCUGGACACCAAGAGCCACGCCUCUGAAUCUGCUGAGCUGAGCGCUGCCUCCACAGUCCCCGUCCUGGUGGGGCAGGAAGGGUUUACAGCUGGGAAACACUACUGGGAGGUGGAGGUGGAGCAGCAGCAGGACUGGGUGCUGGGCGUAGUGAGGGAGAAAGGGGAACAAGAGGAGGGAGGACUACUUCCCACGCAGGACUACUGGGCUCUGCACAGAUCCCAGGGAGAGCUUUUCGCUAGCGAAGGAGACGUUAGGGUUGAGAAGGAGCAGCUGCGGUGUUCGGUGAUUGGUGUACUUCUGGACUUGGAGGAAAGUCAAGUCAAAUUUUACGAAGCAGUGCAGAUGCUUCUCCUAGUGACAAUCCCUAUAAGCCUUGCAAAGGAACCUGUAGAGAUGUUUCACCCGUUUGUACCCAGAAGGGAAGGGACGUUCACACCUUUUGCUAUCCGCCCAGUCAGAAUACCUGCUGUUUUGGAGAAACUGUGA